UCUUUUGUUUUUAAAGUCUGAUCGUUGUUUCAAAUUCUCAUUCAUCUAAAUGAGUAUUUGUGCCCAGGACAUGUUAAGUAAGACAUUCCGUAAGACCCGGAAGCGCUCGCUGCUGCGAUUCUGCUCCAGUCGGAAACAUGGCGCUGAAUGGUAUCCUUGGUUUGUUCCUCCUCACUGUGGCACUGGGUGCCCAGGCACUGACUCCCUCUCAUCACUUAUCUGCUGCGGAUGUGGCCAGACUGAAAUCCUCCUUGAACCAGCCUUUUACGGAGCUUGAAUCCGCAUAUUACACCAUUGUAGGGUUGAGCAAGUUGGGUGCCUCUGUGUCUGAUGAAAAAGCUGCUUGCCAGUUCUUGAAGUCUCACUUAGAUCUUUCAAGUAUUGAUUCCCUCUUCUUUGCUGCGGAGGCCAGCCAGGCGCUUUCAGGGUGUGAGAUACCAGUAUCCAAUGAGACUCGUGAUCUCCUGCUGGCUGCAGUCAGUGAGGACUCCACUGUCACACAGAUCCACCGUUCUGUCAGUGCGCUCAGUUCGCUGGGACUUCCCCUGGCCUCCCAGGAAGUAGUCAGUGCUCUUGUGGCUCGUAUCACCAAAGAGGACAAUGUCUUGGCGAUCAUCCAGGUACUUCAGACUGCCUCUCGGCUCUCACAGCAAGCGGAGAUGGGUGGGAUCUUGGAGGAGAUCGAGGAUUUGGCUGCAAGGCUGGAUGACUUGGGUGGAGUUUACCUGCAGUUUGAAGAGGGGCUUGAGGCCACUGCUUUGUUCGUGACUGCAGCCUACGCCUUGUCCGAUCACGUGGACAUGGAGCCCCCCCUAAAAGAGGAUCAGGUAAUCCAGCUUGUGAACUCCAUCUUCAGUAAGAAGUCCUGGGACUCGCUGUCGGAGGCCUUUAGUGUUGCCAGUGCGGCGGCUGCCUUCUCCAGCAACCGCUUCCAUAUCCCUGUGAUGGUCGGUUCCCAGGGCCCGGCUACAGUGUCCCACCGACAGCCCGUCCUGCAGCUUCAGGUCACAGAUGUCCUAUCACAGCCUCUGAACGCGGUCAGUGUGCAGGUGGAGUCUGCACAUGCCAUGGCCUCAAAAAGUGUGGUUUUGAGCCAGGAGCCCUUCACCCAGAAAGAUGGCAUUUUUGAGCUGAAUUUUAUGGCCAGCCAACCUGCCAGUGGUUACUACCAGUUCUCUGUGGCUGUGACUGGAGACAGUCGCUUGGUGGCCAACCAUGUGGAACUAAAAGUGAAAGUGUCCACUGAAGUGUCCAUCACUAAUAUGGAUCUGUCUGUAGUGGACAAGGAUCAGAGCAUCGGCACCAAGACAACCAGGGUGGAGUAUCCCUCCAAAGCCAAGGCCUCCUUCACAGCCGACAGCCACCAGAACUUUGCCAUGUCCUUCCAGUUGGUUGACGUCAACUCAGGUGGAGAGCUCACACCCCACCAGACUUUUGUGAGGCUACAUAAUCAGAAAACUGGCCAGGAGGUGGUGUUUGUGGCCGAGCCAGACAAUAAAAAUGUGUACAAGUUUGAGCUGGACACGGCGGAGAGGAAGUCCGAGUUUGACUCCAUUUCGGGCACCUAUGCCCUCUACCUCAUUGUGGGUGACGCCACGCUGGAGAACCCCGUUCUCUGGAACGUGGCUGAUGUUGUGCUGAAGUUUCUGGAUGAAGAGGCUCCGUCCAUGAUCCAGUCCAAAACUCUCUACGUACCCAAGCCUGAGAUCAAGCAUUUGUUUCGGGAGCCAGAGAAGAAGCCCCCGACUGUUGUAUCCAGCACGUUCACAGCCCUGGUCCUCUCUCCGUUACUCCUGCUGCUCAUCCUGUGGGUGAGGCUUGGUGCAAAUAUCUCCAACUUCAGCUUCUCUCCCAGCUCUGUGUUGUUCCAUCUGGGCCAUGCAGCAAUGCUGGGCCUGAUGUACAUAUACUGGACCCACCUCGACAUGUUCCAGACACUGAAGUACUUGGCCAUCAUCGGCAGCUUCACUUUCCUGGUUGGAAACCGCAUGCUGGCCCAGAAAGCCGUCAAGAGGAUUGCCGCAGAGCAAAGUAGUAGGUUGGCAAAAUAUAGGAGUCUGCGGUAAAGAUGCCAUUUCUAAUAAAGUGCAGCCCCGCCUCAGCCUGAAACUUGGAAGCAAAUGACGACAAAGACUGGGGAUCCUGUCAUUUUUACUUCUCCGUAUUUGGACAAAUAUGUGCUUCUGGCGAGUUGCUGUUAAACUUUCUCCCCAAAUUCGAUCCCGUUUUUUUUGUUUUGGAUGAUCAAGCUGUUGCUGUUAAAGAAAUUUUGGAUUUAGCUUCUGUUGGAAAAUUGUGUACGAAUACAGUCUAGUGUAAAGCAAUGCUGUUAUGAAUGCAUUUUACUUGGCGAUGACUUCUUAGGAGGAGGAACAUUCAAUCUGUUUAAGACCUAGACUUGUUCGUUUUCUUUUUAAUGAGCCUUAUAAGAUUUUUAUGUAUUUAAGAUACAGAUAUGAGAGGGUGAUCGGCUAGGUUUUAUCAUUUGUACAUUCCUGGUUUUGUACAUUGUCAGUUCUUGUUCUGCAUGUUGCCUCAGCAGUUUAGACGCGCUUUGUUGGUCAGUUCGUGUUUGUGUGUAGGAAGCAGGACCGUCUCUCAGCCACAUGUGUGCAACGUCAUUCAUCCUCUAUCCUCCCCCUGAUGUAAAGUCCGCCACCAGACUGUCCACAAAAGAUUGUUCAACACCUGGGAUUUUUUUUUUUUUGUAAUUAAAGGGGAUAAAUGAAAGAUGUCUCUUUUUUUUCACCAUAAACAUCUAACUGUAGUGUUGCGUGAUUUCAGAUCACCACCUGGUCACAUAAAAUCAUCCAUUUUUUUUUUUUAAAGCGCUUGUUCUAUUCAGGGUCAUGGGCGGUCCUGAGGCUAUGGGUGCAAGGCAGGGAACAACCCAGGUGGGGGGGGGGACCAAAAUACCUGAAGGAAACCCCACAUCCACAGAGCCCUGGUGGAGGCUAGAAUGCUGGUCCCAGCAGUGAGCAGUAGAGCAGAUGUAAUAAUGUUCCUCAAAUUGCUCAUUUUGUCUAAGGCUGUCUAGCUCCCCUCAUUAGGUUUUUGUAGUCAAAUUGUGAAUAUAUUCAACACAACUAGUAAAUGGCUUUUAAUUUCAGUUUGAGGCGCCUAACAGCCAAAGUCAGCCAGUAAACCCCCAGUUAGGCAGGUUCCUUUGCUUUAUUCUGAGUAAACAAUUCAAAAUCAAAGAAUGAAGAACUAUGCAAGUGUAAGAUAUGUCUGGAUUUACAGUGGGUUCCCACAAUGGAUUUCUUCAUUCAGAAUGCCCUGAUUGCGCUGAAAUGAAAACUAACAAUAACGGUGUGAUCAAUGAGCCUUCUCCAGGCACCUGUCGCUGGCUCCGCCUCUCCGUCCCCCAGGGGAAGAAAAUGCAGUCUCACUCCGCCCACAAGUACUCCCGCUGCAGCUGAAACAACCAGAGAGGGGUGUCCUGUUAGUGGUCUGAAAGCUUGGUAGGUUAGUUUGCUCUGUGGCUGUGAGCUGCUGUAGUUAGAGCCGCUGAUCCUGGCUGAUCGUGAUACUCUGCCGCUAACCUGUGUCUUGUGACGUCCUGUUGCCACCUUCUGAUCUUCUGUUCAUUCAAGAUGGCAGUGAGGUCCUGCUUGUACGUGUCCUUGUAAAUGUCUGACUGACGUUUCACAUGGUCUCUUGCCUCUGCCACACUAGUACAUAAAAACGACAUUCUAGAAAUUACACUUGUCUUAAGUUUCCAAAUUAACAGGGUAUUAAACUGGAAUUCAUUUG